ACGUCAUCCCCGCAGUGCAAGAAAGAUGUUGGGCUACAAGAUGUCUCAAAUCCCAGGCUCGGCGCUGUCCUUUGCUGUUUUAUUCACUUUGCUUUUUUCUGGGCGAUGCAGCCACCAAGUGCCACUGGUGAUGUGGUCGAGCGAAGGGCACGCGCUGCCACGCCACGCGCCCCCGCUCGCGGGCCACACCGUGUCCGGCCCCCAGCUGCUGUCCUACUUGACAGCGGCCCUGAGCGGCGCGCCGCACAACGUGCUCCUCUUCCUGCAGGACAAGCUGAGUAUGGAUGACUUCACUGUGUUUGGAGGGGUGUUUGGCAACAAGCAGGACAGCGCUUUCCCCAACCUCGAGUCAGCGCUGCAGUCCUCCACCUUCCCCCUGGUGUUGCCAGCCCUCUCGUGGCCCGAUUCCAGUGCUCUGCCUGGGAUGCUGCAGGAGCAAUUGGGCACCGCCCCGCUCUACUUGGACCCGGAGACAUUGGCUCAGCUGCGCCUCAAUUCCUCUGGGGUGGCCCUGCUGGUUUUCCGCUUGCCCUACAGCACAGAGGCUGACAUGAUGUCCCCCAGAGCUGUUCUUCGUGGAAAUGAUGAAGUGGUUGGACAGGUCCUGAACAUUAUGAAGGCCCAAGGUGUCCCCUACACUGCUGUCUACACAGCUGUCAGACCUUCAAGGGUGAUCGCAGAGGGGUCUUUGGAUGGGGAGUCCGUGGGCCGCUCUCUGCUGCAGGCUUCGUCCAAUGAGCCAUACCCUCCUGUGGAGUUCAAAAGGGGGGAGUCCACCUGCAUCCUGCUCUGGGCCGAGAACCUGACCGUCAGCCAUUUCCGUGAGCAGUGGAGACGCCACGAAUUGGGACCCCAGACCUUUGGUUCCUCGGCCACUGUCUCGCUGACAGGCUCUUCCUGCAACAGGACUCACUCCCGACUUGUUCUUAAUUACGAGAAUGUUUUGGGUUUCCGGUCUUUUCGGCUAAUCUUUUCCAUGAGCCAGCGCUACUACUCAGUGUCUGCACGCAACUGGUUCACAAUGGAUCAGGUGGAGCUGGAGUACGACGGCCAGAGGGCUCUCUUCAAUGGCAGUCGCAACAUCUAUGCACCUACGGAGUACUCCUACCGCUGUGAGUCUGUCACCAGCUUCCGCGACGCCCUGCUGGCAGCCCAUUCCCUCACUGACAACGCCACCCAGUGGAGGCUCUCCUUUGAGGAAUUCCAGAUCCAAGGUUUCAACGUGACAGGGACACAGUUCUCCUACGCCAGUGACUGCGCCAGCUUCUUCACGCCAGGCAUCUGGAUGGGUCUGGUAACCUCCCUGCUGAUGCUGCUGGUGUUCACCUACGGCCUGCACAUGAUAAUGCAGCUGCGCACCAUGGACCGUUUUGAUGACCCUAAAGGCCCCGCCAUUGCUGUACCCCAGAAUGAGUGACAGGGCAGCACUGCUUCCUCGCUUCCUCUCUUCAUUCCAAGCAUUACCCCCCCCCGAGAAAACAGGACAGAUACAUGAUGAUCAAAACACCCCUGUUCCCAACUCCUGUACCGUUAAUAAUCCAAAACACAUUCCAUUCCUUUGACACUUCCUUCAGCCCUCUUGAUGUACACUAUGGAACAUGUGUAUAGUUUUAUUUAUUUGCCUUUGAUGUGCUUGAAUUUUGAUAGGAACAGCCCCACUGCUGUGCUACAGAGGGUGAUGCACUAAAGAGGAUGGCGACUUCCCUGUAGCAUCCAGCUCAGGUGGAUGUUACGUUUGCGUAGUGAUCUGGUGAAAACAGGCCCAGGCGCUCUUGCCUUUGCAGUGACAGCUUCUCCACGAAGGCUAACCAGACGAGCAUUCGCAGGUCAACUUGAAAGUGUGAAAACUGGUCCAUGAUUGGUCGCUGAGGUUGAAUGCAGUAGAGUACACAUUGCUGAAUGCUUAUAUUUAAAGUUUUGCACUAGGCUGGUUUUAAAGAUGACUUUUUAUGAGACAAAAGUAUGUGAGGUCAAGUUCGCUAUCCGUAGAGUACAAUGUACUGUUCCAUACCGUGUACCAACAUGUCUGUGAAGAUUCUGUACAGUAUUCCGUAGUUUACUUGAAUCCGGUGAUAUCUUUGCUUGUGCUGAGGUGUGUGUGUGUGUGUGUGUGUGUGUGUGUGUGUGUGUGUGUGUGUGUGUGUUGAAAAGACGGAUAUUCUGGUGCACUUUUCUCCAUGAAUCAAUAUUUAUUUUGUGCAUAUUGUUUUUUGCUUGAAAUGUUUGUGGUUCAGUGUCCUGUGGAAACCUAACUUGAAUUUUGUUUUCAGUUUUUCCUUUACUAAAUCCUGUUGUAUUUAUUUAGAAUAAUAUAUUUGUACAGCGUACAAAUAAAUGUCAU